AUGUCCUCGUAUUUAGCUGGUGGUACUGCAGGGUUAAAUCGUGAAACUUUGAGAUCUUCGAGUCGUCGCGCGUGCGCGUUGCUUUGUCUCGUGCUCCUAGUGAUGCUGCGCCACCUCGAGUCUCUAGCCCACGCGAAUUACCAUUCACGCUCCUCGCCACGUUUGAAACUCAGGGACUUUAGUACUCCACCAGGAGCAACUCGCAGGCCUGAAUGUCGAGGAGAUGCCAACAGGACGUAUACUGAAAUCUCUUACAGGAACACCUUCUCAUCGAUCUGGUUUGUCCCCGAAUCUCCACAGUGGCUUGUGAAAUUUGACGCUCACUUUGCGAUGGAAGUGCUACGUGAGCCUUCUCUCAAAAUUUUACUGGUGUACAAUUUCUGGCUGUAUUUCGAGGCUGUCUUCUGCCACUUCUUCAUCGUCGAGACGAGGAACUGCACUCUCGAGGUGGCAACACCGAUAAUGACAGCGAGAUUUAAUUCCCCAACUUCUUCCUCAGCAUUUUCGACCAAAGGCAUGGCCCAUUCUCAUGAUGCUGUCGCGCAUGCAGGCCUCGCUCCAAAAAAUUAA